CCCGCCGGAGAGAACGCUCCAUGGCACAUUCACAUCAGAGUACCCUGGGAAAACUUCCAGCCUGUUUCUUGGGAUUUCCUCCUGUUUAAUUUCCUCUCUCUUUAAAAAAAAAAAUCAAAAUCCGAGCAGCUUGGAUUGCAACUCUGUUAGGUGCCUGAACAGGAAAACGUCCGACUGCUCGAAGAUGUUGGACGGGACAAAAAUGGAGGAAGUCCCGUUACGUCCUGGUCCCACCACACUGGGAAUGCUGCUCGGUUCUGAAUGCAAGCAUAAAGAAAUGUGUGACGGCUGUCAGCGACCGAUAGAAGACCGCUUUCUGAUGCGAGUUAACGAUGCUUCUUGGCAUGAACAUUGCCUGCAGUGUGCAGUUUGUCAACAACCUCUCACCAGGAGCUGUUAUUUUCGGGACCGAAAACUUUACUGCAAGCCCGACUACGAACAGUUGUUUGCCACCAAGUGUAACGGGUGCAUGGAGAAGAUUGCGCCAACGGAGUUCGUCAUGCGCUCGCUGGAGUGCGUCUACCACCUGAGCUGCUUCUGCUGCUGCGUCUGCGAGAGGCAACUGCGGAAGGGCGACGAGUACGUUCUCAAGGAGGGGCAGCUCCUCUGCAAGAGCGACUACGAGAAGGAGAAGGACCUGCUGAGCUCCGUCAGCCCGGACGACUCGGAUUCAGUAAAGAGCGAUGAUGAAGACGUUGAUGUGAAGCCAAGCAAGAUUCAGGGAACGCAGGGGAAGGCGUGCGAGGACAGCAAGGAUCCCAGGCGGCCAAAACGACCCAGGACCAUCCUCACCACACAGCAGCGCAGAGCGUUUAAAGCUUCAUUUGAAGUGUCUUCCAAACCUUGCAGGAAGGUCAGAGAAACACUGGCAGCAGAAACGGGACUCAGUGUGCGUGUCGUUCAAGUGUGGUUCCAAAAUCAAAGAGCCAAGAUGAAGAAGUUGGCCCGUCGGCAACAGCAGCAGCAGGAACAGCAGAACGGACAACGGCUCGGACAAGAAGUGAUGUCAAGUAGAAUGGAUGGGGUGAUAAGUUCCUAUGCACCGCUCGCCGCCCCUCCACAACAGCUGGUGUCCAUGGACCAGAAUGGCUACAACUCGGACCCCUUCCAACAAGGCCUCACCCCGCCCCAGAUGCCAGGCGAUCACAUGAACCCUUACGGGAACGACUCGCUGUUCCACGACAUCGACAGCGACACCUCUCUCACCAGCCUGAGCGACUGCUUCUUGGCCUCGUCGGAAGUCAACCCGAUGCAAGCACGGGUGGGCAACCCCAUCGACAGGCUUUACUCCAUGCAGACCUCCUACUUCGCCUCCUGAAGAUAAAGAGCCGCCGCCACUUCGAAAUGAGGGGGGGGAGAGGGGGGUGGACGAAAAUCCCACCUGACACAUCAUCACGCCGACUUCCAACGGAGAGGGAGGCAGAGGGAAAGAAAACCCCAAAACAGAUGAAAAAAAACCAACUGUACAGCCGAAUAUGACUUUACUCUCUCCUCAUUCGCUAUUUCCCAAUGCGGCAGAGAGUCGCAGACAGCGGGAAGAUAGUGAAAUCGACGCAACAGAGAGACAAAUUGAAUAGAAUUCAAAUCAGCCCAGGACUGGGAGCAUGGGUCACAGAAACUGCAGCUGCAUUUCAUUCUUUCUUGGAUGUUUUCAUACAAAUAUUGCGGGAUUUAUUGUCCUUAGUUAUUUACGCCGAUUUGGGGGCAUCUCUCAGUUGCCCCUCUGCCAUUCCCUGUUUAAUAUUUUUAGCGGUAACUGGACGUCAAAAGAUCAAAUAACCUUUCGCCCACCGGUUUCAUUGUUCUAUCUGGGACAUACAGUGCCCUCCAUAAUGUUUGGGACAAAGACCCACCAUUUAUUUAUUUGCCUCUGUACUCCACAAUUUGAGAUUCGUAAUAGAAAAAAAAAUCACGUGGUUAAAGUGCACAUUGUCAGAUUUUAAUAAAGGACAUUUUUAUACAUUUUGGUUUAACCAUGUAGAAAUUACAGCAGUGUUUAUACAUAGUCCCACCAUUUUCAUGGGACCAUAAUGUUUUGGACACAGCAAUGUCAUGUAAAUGAAAGUAGUCAUGUUUAGUAUUUUGUUGCAUGUCCUUUGCAUGCAAUGACUGCUUGAAGUCUGCGAUUCAUGGACAUCACCAGUUGCUGGGUGUCUUCUCUGGUGAUGCUCUGCUAGGCCUGUAUUGCUUGUUUUGGGGGCUAGUCUGCUUCAGUUUUCUCUUCAGCAUAUAAAAAGGUAUGCUCAAUUGGGUUCAGAUCGGGUGAUUGACUUGGCCACUCAAGAAUUGACCAUUUUAGCUUUGAAAAACUCCUUUGUUGCUUUAGCAAUAGGUUUGGGAUCAUUGUCUUGCUGCAGAAUGAACUGCCGGCCAAUGAGUUUUGAGGCAUUUGUUUGAACUUGAGCAGAUAGUUGGCAAACUGUAACCUGGCCAUCCUAUUUUUGCGGCUAACCAGUGGUUUGCAUCUUGCAGUGUAGCCUUUGUAUUUCUGUUCAUGAAGUCUUCUGCGGACAGUGGUCAUUGACAAAUCCACACCUGACUCUUGAAGAGUGUUUCUGAUCUGUCGGACAGGUGUUGGGGAUUUUUCUUUAUUAUAGAGAGAAUUCUUCUGUCAUCAGCUGUGGAGGUCCUCCUUGGCCUGCCAGUCCCUUUGCGAUUAGUAAGCACACCAGUGUUCUCCUUCUUCUCAAUGAUGUUCCAAACAGGUGAGCCUUUGGUAAGCCUAAGGUUUGGCUGAUGUCUCUAACAGUUUUAUUCUUGUUUCUCAGUCUCACAAUUACUUCUUUGACUUUCAUUGGUACAACGUUGGUCCUCAUGUUGACAAACAGCAAUAAAAGUUUCCAAAGAUGAUGGAAAGACUGGAGGAAAGACUAGGUGCUGAGAGCUCUUUUAUAACCUGCAUUCAAGAGGCAAUUAAACACACCUGAGCAAUUACAAACACCUGUGAAGCCAUGUGUCCCAAACAUUACGGUGCCCUGAAAUGGGGGGACUAUGUAUAAACACAGCUGUAAUUUCUACAUAGUGAAACCAAAAUGUAUAAAAAUGGCCUUUAAUAAAAUCUGACAAUGUGCACUUUAACCACAUGUGAUUUUUUUCUAUUGCAAAUCUCAAAUUGUGGAGUACAGAGGCAAAUAAAUAAAUGAUGUUGUCUUUGUCCCAAACAUUAAAUUCUCUAGACUUCUCCAAACAGUGGAUGUAACGGGGGGUUAGAGGUUCUUCCGUGCCAGCUUCACCUUUUUCAGGCCAGGUACAAUGCACACAAUAAACAGUGUGGGGACCGAUAUAAGACCUGCUACCUGGCCGCUUGUAUGACUCAUCUUCCUUCUGGGUGGCGCAACGGUGGAGUUGCAGCCGGACAACGCCAGAGACCCGGGUUCAAUCCUGACGACGGGUGCUGUCUGUGCGGAGUUUGCACGUUCUCCCCAAGACCUGCGUGGGUUUUCUCCGAGGUCUUCGGUUUCCCCCCACACUCCAAAGAUAUGUGCAGAUAUGUAGGUUAAUUGGCUUGGUAGAAAUGUUAAAAAAAAUGUCCCAUUGUGUGUGUAGGAUAGUGUUAGUGUGUGGGGUUCGCAGGUCGGUGCCGAAUCGAUGGGCCAAAGGGCCUGUUUCCACCCUGUAUCUCUAAACUAAACUAAACUAAACUAAUAGCCAACACUAUUAUUAAGCUCUGAAUGGCUGCGCGCUCUCUCUCUCACACACAUUGACAGCUAUUGGUUCUUUGCCCGACACACACCUGCCUCAGAGUCCCCCCCUGCAGCCUGACGUGGUGCAAACUCACCCUGCAUGGGCUGGAAGCCAGCCGAUGUAUGCGGAAACUAUGUAGAUGCAAGAAACCGCAGAUGCUGGCUUACACAAAGUGGUGGAGUAGCUCAGCGGGCCAGGCAGCAUCUCUGGAGAACAUGGACAGGUGACGUUUCAGGUCGGGACUGGAUCUGAAGAAGGGUCUCAACCUGAAGCAUCAGCUAAGGCAGAGACCAAAACACGUAGGAGCAGUAUUAGGCCAUUCAGCCCAUCAAGUCUGCUCCACCAUUCGAUCACAGCUCAUCUAUUUUCCCUCCUGCCUUCUCCCCGUAACCUUUGACAUUUUUACUGAUACCCAUGUUCCCCAGUGAUGCUGCCUGACCCACUGAGUUACUCUAGCACUCUGUGUUCUUUGAUGCAGAAACUGGGCUUUGCAAAGAUGGCAGCUAAAUUAAAACCCAGAACUAGUUUCCAGUGACCCACCUUGCCGUCUGCAAGAGGAGCUUGAGAAAUCAGGGAUCGCAGCGGUAGAGUUACUGCCUUACAGCACCAGAGACCCGGGUUCGAUCCUGACUGCGGGUGCUGCCUGGACGGAGUUUGUACAUUCUCGUGACCAACGUAGGUUUUCUCCGGGUGCUCCGGUUUCCUCCCACACUCCAAGGACAUACAGAUUUGUGGGGCUAAUUGGCUUGAUAUAAUUGUAAAUUGUCCCAAGGUUGUCCUGUUUCCGUGCUGUAUCUCUAAGCCAAACCAAACCAAACUAAUUGGAAGGUGUUCCAUGCGCUUGGCAUGUUUGCUUUCUUGCUCCAUGUUCUGUUAUCAGGUCAUAUUCACCGUAAGCUGUGUGUUGAUUUAGCACCGCCACAGCCUUGAGAGGUGCCAAAAUGAAAUACCAAAGUCAGCUUUACUCAAUGCCCAGGGUGAACCGUCCCUCUAACCCCAACCCCUCCCCCAACUAAACCAAAGUUUCACCUCAGAAACCCAUCCACACUUGAAGUAACACUUUUUUGCAAGAGUAGAAAUGACGGACUGCAGAUGCUGGUUUACACAAAAGGACGCAAAGUGAUGGAGUAACUCAACGGGUCGGGCAGCAUUUACGAAAAACAUGGAUGGGUGAUUUUUCUUUGGGGGGUUGGGAGCCUUCUUCAGACUCUGACCAAGCGGCCCGACCCGAAAUGUCACCUGGUAGACAAAAAUGCUGGAGAAAUUCAGCGGGUGCAGCAGCAUUCGUGGAGCGAAGGAAAUAGGCAACGUUUCGGGCCGAAACCCAAGGGUUUCGGCCCGAAACGUUGCCUAUU